CGUCGCCCAUUCCGCGCGGAGUUUCAUACGCGGGAAACCCCACGAUCGAUAUCGCAACGGAUUUACGCGACUCGUUAAUCCUCGGGUAAGCGAAAGUGAGAAAAAGUGUCCGAAAGUCACCCGCUACGAUGAAAAACCUACCGGGUUUGAUUGUCGUCGGCGUUUUCGUUUGUUUGCUUUUCGUCGGUCUUCACGCGGACAAGGUGUCCCUCUACGACAAAAUGAGGUCCGAUCCCGACAUAUCCGAGUUCCUUCAAAUUCUGAAGACGUGUCAGGUGUGCAAUUUUACGUUGGAAUACGAGCCCCUUACGAUAUUCGCGCCUCUGAAUGCGGCCUUUCAGCACAUCUCCAAGCAAGAUAUCGACAUCGACUCCAUUGUUCAAUACCAUCUCACCAACGUACCAAAGACGACAGAUCAAUUCGGGGGUUCGUAUUCGUCCCUGAACGCGCGGCUAGCCGGUAAUCCGCCUCUCUGGAUCACCCACAAUUCCGGUCGUUACCACAACGACAUUUACGUCAACAACGCGAGACUUCUACUAGGUCAAUCGAACCUAAUUGGCCAAAAAGAUGGACCCAAAGGCACGAUUAAACAGAUUUUACACAAAAUCGACGAGGUUCUAAUUCCAACCAGAUCAUCACUGACUGCAGCUAACCCAGUCUUUAACCCAACGGCCUGGGAAUUUCUAGAAAAUUACGAAUCUCUAAUACAAGGACCGCACCGCUUGAGAACAUUCCGUCAAAGAGUUCAACAAAAUAAUAAAGAAAACAUUUUUAAAGACGAAGGAGUGCAGUCGUUUUUCAUUCCGGUGGAUGAAGGAUUUGUGAAUUCCCGAGCUAACUUGAUCGACGAGAUAAUAAUAGAUGGACACGUCAUCCCGAAGCAAGUGUUGUUUACCACGCCGACGCAAAAAGACUACCCGUUCCCUACACUGGCCAACUACGAUAACGUCAUCAGGGUUGUAAUAUCGUUCACGCAGGAGCAACGAGGGAACACAAUUAAAAAUUACGUGAAAUCGCACACGCUGAUCGGAGACGGCAAACACACCCCGGGAGUGGUCCUGGCGGAAAUCGUGAAAGCCAAUAUCCCAGUGAAAAAUGGAGUCAUUCAUCUUAUUCACAAGCCUCUAAUGAUCGUGGACAGUACUAUAAAGGAAUUGUUACAGGAGCACGCGGACUAUAUUUGCAGAGUAGGAAAGGUGCAAAGGAUGCACAAUAUACUUAAGGAACACGAAAUUCUCGAGCAGGCCGUUUAUGACAAGGACGGAAACAUACUGAGCAAUUUCCUGAGCGCCGUCAACGGCGUUGGAUCCGCUGGCCAGGAUUUCCUCAAAACGAUCGAAAAAGCGCAAGAUGUCACCCUCUUCGCACCUUGCAAUGAGGCCAUGGAAGGCAGUCUCGUCAAUUCGAUGCUCAAAAACGCCGACAAGUUUAUGGAAAUACUGAAAAUGCACGUGGUUGUGGACAACAGAUUGUACGCCGAUAUUAUCGACCAGAAGGUGCAAAACAACAUUCACCAAGCGCCGUCCCUAGCCAAAGGCAAGAAUCUCUAUUUUAACAUAGCGAAAAACAGCAAAAACCGAACGCUGACGGUGGAAGGAGGCGGAGUCAACGCUACCGUGAUUCAAGAAGAUCUAGCCGCCAAAAACGGCAUAAUCCACGUCAUCGAUCGAGUAUUGGGAGUACCUUAUUCCACUAUUUUGGACAAACUUCGCACAGAUCCCAUGUUGAGCGACUCUUAUAAACUUGGUGCAAUGGAGGGAUUCAACAACCAGUUGGGAGAUCUAAACAAGAAAUUCACAUAUUUCGUCCCAAGUAAUAGGGCGUGGAAAGAGGCCCAAGUGGUCAUGCCUUCAGCUAUCAAGAAACUGUUCAUGAGGGACUACGCUUAUCACGCGACGAGAACAUUGCAACAACACCUCAUCUUGGGCGAAGUGUUUACGAUGGAAGCCAUUAAGUUGAUGACCAAAACGUCCUUCUCCAAUAACUACACCGGGUACGGCGAAGUAUACCCAGGAAAAUUGAGACCUGAGACCGUUUCACUGCCUACGCUUAGAGGUUCUCUCCAACUUUACGUAGAAGAGAAAAAUGAUAACAACAUCCCCGGUAACUCAAGCCGUAAUUAUGGCCCAGGUUUCGUGAUCCACUGGAACGAUAUGAAGAUCCCAGUGUUCAGACCCAACGUGGAGUGUACGAACGGCAUUAUCCACGUCAUCGACGCGCCUUUCCUGCGAAAGGGUGACAUCCGCGUCAGCGCAGCACCCGCAUUUUUACCAUCCCUUUUCGGACUUUUAGUUGUUUCGCUAAUGAAAUAUUUGGUGCAAUAAUUAGCAAUUAGCGUUAUUAGCUAGACACCGAUCGCAUCUGAUUUGCACAUCAAAAACAAUAACGGCCAUGUAAGUAGGAAACAUUUUCUAUUGGGAAAUAUUUUUCGCGUAUACUGUCAUAAGAGCAGCUAUGCAGUUACGUCACGUAUAGUGACGUAAACAAAAAUGACCCGUAUGUCUUAGCUAUAUUGCUACCAUAACCAUAAAUAAUGAUUUUAAAACUGACAAACAAAAUUCCUAUGAAUUUACAACAAAGUAGCUAAUCAUGUCAUGCUCUGACUGGACUUUAUCUCUAACCGAUGUGCAUCUUUUUUGCGUUUAUUUUAAGGCCGAAUUAAAUCAAAUUAAGUGGGAUGUUUUACGUGUUUCGCAACACUGUGCUAGAAAGCUAUCUUAGUUAUUUUCCCGGAAACAAAAAAAAUUACUAGGUAGUCGAUAAUUUCAUUCUACGCUGUUGAACUGGCUGAGAAACAACUGUCCUUCUCUUAACUGUCGUCAAAGACGGAAUUGUCGCAAUGGCAUUUUCGAAAAAUAUUUCCCACUACAUUUCUAUAAAAUUAUGUCAUUUCAGUCCAUUAUAUUGAAUUAAGAGACAAUAUUAUACUUCCUAAAGAUGUUCGGCGAUUUCACGUAAUUUUUUCAAAUAAAAAAUAUUCGAUAUACAGGGUUGCUCAACUUUUCGGGGUUCUUUUUAACUUUUUAAAACAAAGAUUGUUGGUUUGAAUGUACUACAUGUGACGAAAACGGUUGCCAUUAUACAGGGUAUCUCAUAAGUACAUCACAGUCCCUUACUUCCCUAUGUUAAAUAGAACACCCUGUUUGUUAUUUAAUUUUUAGAUUUUUAGGAACAUUUCAUGUUACGUCCCUUAAGACUUUCCUGUAUUUAAUCCCAAUAGAUCUUUAGACAUCUUAAAUAAUUUGAAAAUUUUGAAAUAUAUAGAUAACAUAAUUUUGAACUAUGCACUUUUUAACCAUUAACCAAAACACAUGAACAUGAAUUACAUAAUUUUCGAAGAUGCAAAAUUUAAUUCUGCAUCGAUUGACUUGGCAAUGAUGGCGAACCUUUUGGGCUUGGCGUGAUAAAAUUUUGAAAAAUCGAAACAUAAUUGUAGUAGCGCGCUAAAUUAAAAACUAAAAAAAAUGGAAAUAUUUAAAAUUUUGAAUAAUUAUUCAUUUAAUGCCAUUAAAAAAUCAAAAGAAAGCUUGCAUCUUGCACUUUUUUAUCUGUGAAGAUGAGCUAUCAUGUCAGCACUUGCACGUUUGGGAAAGUUAUUUUUUUUCUUUUGAUUUUAUUUACGUCAAAUUAGUUCACCUAGAUCACCUGAUUUGAGGUCUUUGGAUUUUCACCUCGUUUGGAGUCUUCGUCUUGAUCAGAUUAAGGUAUUUUUAAAGUUGUUUUUUCAUUUUUCUAAUUAAUACACCCUGUAUAUUAUUUACGAUCCGAUGCAAAAUACAGAUACAGAUUUUUAAUGGGUUUCUGUUAUUUUAUAUUUUUUAUUUUAAUUUGAUGUUUGUUUAAGAAAUGAAAUAAAUAUGGCAUUUAAAAAUCAAAAGAAAGCUUGCAUCUUGCAAUUUUUUAUCUGUGAAGAUGAGGUAUCAUGUCAGCACUGGCACGUUUGGCAAAGUUAUUUUUUUUCUUUUGAUUUUAUUUACGUCAAAUUAGUUCACUUAGAACACCUGAUUUGAGGUCUUUGGAUUUUCACCCCGUUUGUAUCUUCGUCUUGAUCAGAUUAAGGUAUUUUUAAGGUUAUUUUCUCAUUUGUCUAAUUAAGACACCCUGUAUAUUAUUUAUGAUCCGAUGCAAAAUAAAACAGAUACAGAUUUUUAAUCGUGUUUUGUUAUUCUAUUUUUUUUUUUAAUUUGAUGAUUCCUUAAGAAAUGAAGUGAAUAUGGCAAAGGGCAACCAAUGCAGUUUAAUUAGCACCGAAAAUCAAAAUAAAAUCAAAAAUGAUAUAACAAGAGAAACAAGAAAUACUAAACAAUUUUGUAUUAUAGUAUUAGUAUAUUAAUAAUGAACCUAUGAUGGACAUCUAUUUUGUGCACGCCUAGAAAAAGUCCACUAGUUCUUUUAUACAUCCAGGAAGUUGAAAUCCAAACGCUACAAAUCCUGUAAUCUGAGUGGCCAAUUGUUCCUUAACUCUUUUGGAGUAAAUAAUAAUAGUAAAUAAAGUAAAUAAAACCAGGAACCUGUCAAACUUGGUCAAAAUUUACGCUAACUCUAGAAAGAACUUUGUGGUUUGAUUGACUUGAUAAAAAUUAUGAAAUAGCAAGAAAACUGUUGGAAAUUUGAAAAUAAUGUAAUUGGUUUGUUAGUUAUUGAUAAACCCCAUGUAAGCAAAAAAUCAGUUUUCAAUGCCAGAGAACCUGAGAACGAUUAUGAUAAUGUUAUAUCUUUCAAAAUGUUUAAAUUAAUCAAGAUAUUUAAGGUACUAUUAAGAUUAAGUAUAGCGAAUGGAAACUUACAAUGAAAUUUUCUCAGAAAUCAAAAAAUUUAUUAAUAUACAAGGCGUUCUAACCAUUUAAAAUGAAGCAUGCUGUGAGAAUCUUAUGAGGUACCCUGCAGAAUAGGAACUAUUUUCAUUGCAUGCAACCUACCCAUGGAAACAACUUUUGCGUUUAAAAUGUUUCCACAAAAUAAACUCUAAGUCAGAUGUAAAAGAGUCCCGCAGUAGUGAGCUACCCUGUGUAAUAAAUUUGUCAAUUUCGUAAUUUUGGGUUCCAUCUGCUAUAUACAGCACCCUCUGAACUUGUGGUGUCAUUUAGGAGAAAACAUGGAACUUGAAAAUAAAUUGGAGCUGCUACAGUUCACUAAUAUAUCAUCAACGACUUUUCGCUCUUUAGAAAUAUGUUGAAGAAUCUUCGUUCCUUUUACAUAAGAUAUUAUUAGACACUGGCUUACCUGUACAUAGAAAGAUAGAUAUAUCAUUGAACUAUAAAUUCUCGUCAAAUCGCAUAGUAUCGUCGAUCCAUCGCGACUAGACAUUUUCAAUUUUAUCUAUCCGGAACUAUGUAACAGGGUCUUUUAAGUGGCUCUUGUAUAUAAGUAAUUAUUAUUGAUUAAGAUUGCUAUAUUUAAGUUAGAAUUGAAAUGCUUAGUUUUUUUAAUUUUUGACAAUCAGCAUUCUAUAAAACUGGAUAUUCUUUGAUAUAAUUUUCCGAAUCAUCAACGUAUUUUUCUCAAUGUACCCUUGUUGUUAGCUUUUAGAGGUAUAUAAGAAAAAUAUAAUAUUUAUGAGUGUUAAUGCCGGCGACAGAAUUGCCUGAUGAAAAAAUUUUUAUCGACUGAAUCUAUAUAAUUGUUUUCUAAUCUAUAUAGACUUUAAAUAAAAACGAGUUCAUGAUGUAGGGAACCAAAUUGAAAAUGUUAUUAAAAAGGUUUUUUUUUUUAAAUAUUUUUAGCUGCAAUAGACACUCGCUAAUAAGAAAAAUACUUACCUACAUAGGUUAGACUAUACUUUAAACUGAUAAAGUGAUGCAUUCCCUAACAUUAAGAAACAAUCGGAAACUAUAUCUUAGCAAAUAUGUUUAAUACACCGCGUGUGAUUUUCAAUUGUAUUCUAAUUUAUACUGUGCUUUAUAUGAUGUUGUAAAUAGCGUGAUUGUGUAAAAAUAAAUGUUUAUAAACUCAUAAGGAAGAAUAAAG